CUCUUCCUUCUCUUAGGUUUCCAAAAACCCUCAUAUUUAACACUUUCAUCUCCCUUCUCCUCUUCCAUUCAACAUUGAAAUCUCCAACAUUCCCACAUCUCUCGUAUACCCUUUUGUCUUUCUUCACUAAGGUAUCUUAUUGAGAGUUCAAGACUAGUCCUUUGAUACGUUGAAUUUCUUUCAAGUAUUGAGAUUCAUUUAAAAAAUCAAUUUUUUGAUAUCUUAUACAUACAUCUAUUGGGAUGUCGAGAACCGUGGAGAUCACAGUUUUGUCGGCAGAGAACCUCCAAAUGAACAAAAAACCCAUUAGAGGGAACGCUUUUGUGACGGUUCAAUCCGACGCUAGCAACGACACAAGUGCCACGAAAGUGGAUUCUGAAGGAGGGAGUUACCCUUCGUGGAACGAGAAGCUUGUGAUGGACGUGCCAUUGCAUGCAAGGUUUAUAACCGUUGAAGUGAAGUGCAAGACAUCAUCGGCGGGGUCGAACAGUAUCGGAGUGGCGAGAAUACCGGUUUCCGAUUUCGUCGGAGGGUACGUGCCGGAAAAUCAAUUGCAUUUCUUGAGCUACAGGUUGUGGGACGGUAAAGUUAGGAGAAACGGGGUUGUAAAUAUUUCGGUGAGAGUGAAAGUGGCACAACAACAACAACAACAACAACAACAUUCGUGUAAUUCGAAUUCUAUGUCGUUGUCGUCGGCGGUAACGGGUGUGCCGGUCGCCGGUAAUGGAUCCACCGGAGUUGUGACGGGGAUUCCAGCUAUUUGGUUAAACUACCAAAGAAAUUAAUCUUUGAAGGGUAAAAAGAAAAUUGGCAAAUUGUUGAUUCAAUUACUACUUGUGAGUUUCCCAGUAGUAUAUAUAUAUAAAUUGUGAAUAUAAGAAAAGAAAUUUACGAGUA